UAAAAGUGAGCGUGGGCGCAUGAUCUGUGCGGAGCAGGAUGAAAAGAAGCGCCAAGUUGAGCCAUUGGAUUUUGAGGCUCAGGUGGCCUUAGCCAUUGCGGACAUUCGCGCUUCAGAGAUGUUGAUGUAUUACGUGAGGGUGGGCCUUGUGUUGUUCCCCGACACUCCGGUUUGCCGUGAAGCUGCUGAGCGAAUCCGUGCGGAGUGUGGCCUGCCGUCUCUGUUUAAUCCACCGGAAUCUCCGCGUACGCGUCGACGUCGGGAACUGGAAGAAGAAAAUAAGCGUAUCGAACACGAUCUCUGCUGUGUGGAAUGUGAGAAUUAUGGGCCAGGUACCUGUGGCCGUAUGUUUCGGACACCAUAUGAACCACCUGUCCCGAAGCUGUGGGGAUCUCGCGAUCAGGAGGAUUCGAAGAACCCUGCUUCAGAUCUUGAUGACUGGUGGGAACAGAACAAGCUGGACUUCCCAGACCCACUGAAGGUGUGGCCGGAAAAUGCGUUGUGGGUGGACGAAAAACUUGGUAUUGAGCAGACACCCAAGCAAAAGCGUAAGCUCAUCGUUGUGCAGCGACAUUCCUUGCGCGGAAUUCCUUAUAAUUACUGGAAGUGAAGAGGAUCGCCGCCUGUCUGCACCUUUUUCAACGGCUUAAAAUUUCAAUUGUACAGGUUUUCCUCUUAAAAAUUUCUGCCGUUGUGUGCUUUGCAGAUGUCUGGAUCUCGGGUAUAAUUUAAAUGUUCCUGCAUCUUAAAUGUUUAAAUGAGCGAUCAUCGUUUUCUACAGUUGUGAUCAAGCCGCAUUGUUAUGGCUUGUCUUUUUGCGAAUCUUGUAGUGAUUAAAUGAUUUUGCCUAUUCUGUAGUA